AUGUCAAAUGAUGUAGCCACUCAGUUAUGGAGACUCUCCUAUUGUAAAAUUGGAACUAUUUUACAGCAAAAAAAUAAAUAUUUUGAGGCUGAACAAUUUUAUAAUCUUUUAUUAAAUGAAUUACCACAUGAUCAUUCGGAUAUUGAUGCAUGUUAUUAUUCAUUAGGUAUAAUUGCUGAUGAAAAAGGAAGUUAUAAAUCAAGUUUAAAAUAUUAUCAAUUAUCAUUAGAAACUUUAUUAAGAAAAAAUCAAUCAAAUCAUCCUCAUUUAGGAACAUUAUAUUAUAUGAUUGGUGAAAUUUAUCGAAAAAAAGAACAAUUUACAGAAUCAUUCGAAUCCUAUAAUAAAGCAUUACAAAUAUGGAAAGAAACUUUUGAUGUUAAUCAACCAAAGCUAGCAAAAUGUUUAAAUAAUAUUGCGCUUAUUUAUCGAAGUGAAAAACAAUAUUUAGAAGCUAUUUCUUAUUUUACACAAGCAUUAUCUAUUAAUGAAAAAUAUCUACCAAUCAAUCAUAUAGACUUAGGAAUAUUACAUCAUAAUAUUGGUGCUUUACAUUUAUGCCUUGGUAAUUAUGAUGAUGCAAUAAAACAUUAUAAUAUAGCACUUGAAAUAAAAUAUAAAUCAUGUUCAUCUGAACAUUCAUCUAUUGCAAUGACACUAGAAAAUUUAGGACUUGUCUAUGAAAGUAAAGAAAAUUUGCAACAAGCUUUAUCUUAUUAUGAGCAAGUAGCAAAAAUCCAUCGGAAAAUAUUACCACAAGCACAUCCAGAUGUAAUGCGAAUUGAUGAAGCUCUCCGAAGAGUAUCAUCAAAACUUUAA